AGAGGCAGCAUGGUUAAAAUAUUAAACACACUGUGAGCGACCUGUAGCAGAAGACGCCAUGGCUGCCUUAACUAGGAAGGUCUUGUCCAGGUUUAACACACUGCGGCCAGUGGUGUGUGCUGUGCAGGCCCAGGGUUUGCAUGGUGUCCCUCCUCUUGCCCAUGCUGUUAUGCCUCCAGAUUGGCAAGCUCCAGUCAGCAAGCCAGAGGGACACACCACAGCAACGCUCGUCCCUGGUGACGGUGUGGGACCUGAGCUCUGUCAGGUAGUCUUAGAUGUCUUCAAGAGUGCAGGUGUGCCUGUUGACUUUGAAGAACUCUACCUAACUGAAUUGUAUUCAAGAGAGACAGAUACACUUAAAAAAGUUGUAGACAGUAUCAGCCAGAACAAAAUCUGUCUCAAAGGAAUUUUGGCCACCCCUGACCACAGCUCAGAUGGAGAACUCAAGACACUUAAUAUGAAGCUAAGAGAUGAACUUGACUUGUUUGCAAAUGUUGUACAUGUCAAGUCUCUGAGUGGCCUCAAUGUCCGCCAUAAGAAUGUGGACAUGGUUGUCAUUCGCGAGCAGACAGAGGGUGAAUAUUCUGCCCUUGAACAUGAGAGUGUAACAGGUGUUGUUGAAUGUCUCAAGAUCACGACCCGAGAGAAGUGCCGACGGAUUGCCAAGUUUGCUUUUGAUUAUGCUACCAAACAUGGACGGAAGAAGGUGACUGCUGUGCAUAAGGCAAACAUAAUGAAACUUGGUGAUGGAUUAUUUCUCAAGCAGUGUGAAGAGGUUGCAGCGAUGUACCCCACAGUAGAAUUUAAUAACAUGAUCAUUGACAACUGCACCAUGCAAAUGGUGUCAAACCCACAUCAGUUUGAUGUUCUGGUACUUCCCAACCUGUAUGGCAACAUUGUAGACAACUUAGCUGUUGGGCUGGUGGGUGGAGCAGGUGUGGUUGCUGGAGCUUCUUAUUCUACCCGCUGUGUUGUAUUUGAACCGGGUGCGCGUCACACGUUUAGUGAAGCUGCUGGUAAGAAUGUGGCUAAUCCAACUGCAAUGCUCUUAGCCUCUGCUAACAUGCUGCAUCAUCUUAAUCUUCAACACUAUGGAGACAUGAUUCAGAAUGCAGUUGAUCGUGUUAUUCGCAUUGGAAAGGUCAGGACGAAGGACAUGGGGGGUUUUGCUACGACUACAGCCUUCGCAAAUGCAGUCAUCGCCAGCCUCAAGCAUUGAAAAUAUACGCUGCGAGUCUCUUUUUUUUUUUUCCUCAAUGCUAGUCAUGAUAGUAGAUAUUUAUGAAAAAGAAGAAUAGAAAAAUGUAAAACUGGGAAUUUAUGUACAAUACAGUAAUACUAAAAUGAGAAAUAUGUCAUAUACAUUAAAGAUGUCAUGUUUCUCUGGUUAUAUAGCUAGACAUAAUUUUUUUUUUUUUUUUUUUUUUUUUUUGGCUUUUAGAAUAUUAGCCAUACAAUACCUACACACCUGAACUGUUAAUUGGUGAGACUCGGAUAGUUUCCAGCACUGAUUAUGCUUCAUCACAACCAUGAUAAACUCUAAAAACUGUAGUAGAGACAGGUAACUGCUUUCCUCUAGUCCACUGAUAUCUCCUUAGCCCUAUGUAGACUAUUAAACUACGCCGUAUAUUACCAUCUUCUAUUGGAAGAAUGGCGUACGAGGCAUAAAAAUAUGGCAAAAAUCAUUAUCUUCUCAAAAAAAUUCUCCUGGGUGGAGUUGGCUGAUGAUUCCAUGAACUCUGUACCGCUGAUCAAUUGUGGCGACAAGAUCUAGCUAAUGUGGUGUGGAAUCUGUAAAUCUCUGUGUUUUGGGACAGUGACUUCAUGAAUGUGCAGUCUACAUAGGGUUAAGUCACCCUUCCAUUAAAUUACUGAAGUGAUUGAUCUCUUGUUGGCUACCUGUGUAAUGACUGUUUUUCCUCAUUGUUAGCAUCUUCGCAUGUUUUCCCCAAGAGAACCAUAGUCCUUGUGGGUAAUCUUCUUGUCUUACUUUUUAUUGUUGAAAAUAACACAGUCUAUACUUCCUGUAUUGUGCCUCUUGAUGUUACAUUACAUUGUGUAUCUUUUCAACCAUUAAUAUUACAUACCCAACAUCUAGAGAAUUUACUAAACUAGGACAUUUUAACCAUAAAGUUCAUGCAUUUGUCCAAUACAGUACAUUAUUGUAGAUAUUGUAGAUCUAACAAAAUUGCAUGUGUUCCAGGCACCCGAUGGAACCAUUGAGUCACCAUCGAGAUUUUAACCUUAAGAAAUCAAUAUUGAGAGAUUAAUAUAUUUUUCCCCUUUAUAACUACAGCUACCAUAACUUGGUUAAAUGUUAGAAAGAGAUAAAAAAAUAAAAGCAGUACAAGUUGAUGUAAAAAAAAAGAUGUACAGUAUUUGUGACAACCUGAAUUUGUAAAAGAAAUAAUCUAACAAGUUGAACCCAUUAUAUUUGGUCCAUUGCUGGUAUAUAUGCCAUACUGUAUAAGAAUUUAAUUGGAAAGUGAUUUGGUUUGAGAUUUGGAAAAUAUAUUCCAUAAAUAAAAAGAAUUUUUCAUUCAUAUUUCUAACAUUUAUUACACAAGUUCUGAAGUACAAUUGCAGUUUUUAAAGAUCUUACCUGAGUAGCUGUAAAGUUGAGUUGUUUGCAUGAGGAGUAGAAAAUGCAUGUAGACUCCCCACAAGACAGUGUGUGUGUUAGGGAUUUACAGACAAAUAACUCCUUUUUUAUCUUCAUUUUGUUUUGUAAUUAGUAAACAUUUUCAUAAUACAGUACAGUACAGCAGACCUGACUUGAUAGCAACUGUCGAGAUGAAAUAUGUUAAUUUGAUUUUCUUUAUUAUUUACUUUGCAUGUUUUAGAUUUAUAGAAGAUCUUUGUUACUGUUGAUUUUUGUUUAGUAUUAUGUCUCAUUUUUUGUGUUUUAUUUUUUUUAUUAAUCCCACUUAAUAUCAUUUUUGUUUUGAUCUUUUUUUUAUUUAGGUUCGCACCAAGGACAUGGGAGGCCACUCAAGUACCUUUGACUUUAGUAGAGCUGUUAUUGCCAACUUGAGGUAUUGAAAGUAUUGGGGAAAGAUCAAGUGUUGUAAAACUAUCUCACUCUUUUGUUCGUAGUACUGAAGGUAGAAUGUGACCUAUCCAACAUUAACCUCAUGUAAGAGAAUAUGAUCAUCAUAUAUCAUAUUCAUAUUGUUAUUUAGAAAGAAAAUUUGAAUACUGUAAGAAAUCUCGAUAUUUCCAUGUGUCUAGAAUACCACAGUCUGUCGCUGUUUAUGACGUCAUGUGAGGUGUGUUGUUAAAAAUACUACUGUGGUUAUUGUCUGACUAUAAAUUACUGUAUACCUGUAUGUGUAUGAUCCCCGCAUAGUAGUACUCACUGUCUACAUACAUUUCAAAUACUUGUUCUUUAUGACGUACAUUACUUUUUGCUGUACACUAUUUAUUUUUGGUCCAGGAUUUGCCAAAAUUUUGUUAAAGAAUAUGCAAUGUGUAAAAUUUAUGGAAGUAAUAACAGGUGUUUGACACUUCUGUAAUUGCAAUCACAUAGUUAAUUGUUUUACAAAAUGGUGAUGAUCAACUUUUUAGAUGAAUUACAUGUGAGCUGAAUCAAAUUUUUUAAUUAAAACCAAAGUAACAAACUUUAUGAGCAAAAAAAAUUGUUAAUUUAUAACUCUUGUGCCUAAGAUGAUAUAUUUUUAUGAUUGUUCAAGUUCAACAUAUUGUGUAUGUUUUUAUUUUGUACACCUAAUUUAAAUGUAGGCUACUGUGUGCUACCAGUGUUUUGUAAUAGUGAAUUUAGAUUUCAAGAACACUCAUCAGGUAUCACAAUAUCUAGUUUGGAAUUCAUCUGGAGACAAAUAUGAUUGGUAGAAACAUCAGAUAUUGUAGUAUAGUAUUAUUAGAUUUUCUCAAUUAUUGUUGUUUUUACUGUAAAACAAUUUCCUGUUGAAUAUCCAUAUUUGUGGCAAUUUAAUUAUUAAGUGAUACAUAGCUAAUCUCUGCAGACUCUUUGUCUACCUAAUUUUUUAUAUUAAGUUGGUUGUGGGAUACAGUGUUUCUUCUCUACCUCACUCAAAACUUUCUGCCAAGGUUGAUCUUAACUUUUAACUCAUUUUCCAGCCAAGAAAUAAAAUAUUACCUGUCAUUAAGAAGGAAGACUUCUCUAAAAAUUUAAUUCAUUUGUUAAAUUUUUUAUCAUGUUACUGUCAGCCUGUGUGUAAAUUUUGUACUGGCAAUCAUGCAUUACUUUUUUUAUAUUUUGAUAAACCAAUAUUUUGGAUUGGUUGCAUAUUGUGUUCUUAAACUCACUGAAGAAUUUUGUUAGUAGCUGUUUGUAAUAAUUCAGGAAAAGAAAAUAUAUCAAACAAUAUAUUACAUGGUUUUGAUGAAAUUUAUUGUGGGUGUAAUACAACAUAAAUACAGUACAGGUAGUUUUAUUCAGACUGUGAAUUAUUGGAAUGUGAAACAGAUUCUCAUAUCUUGUAAAUAAUGUAAAUAUACAAACAGUGGAUAUAUUAUGCUA